UGAACUUGUACUUGUGUCCAGUUUUCUCGAUCGGCAGUGUCAAGCAGAGAAGGCCUGAGAAAGACAGGUAUUGCUCAUGAAAGAGCGCGAAAUUUGUACUUCGAGGCCGUGUCCGAGGCCGUACUACCAAAGUUUACACCGGAAAAAGAAUGCAGCUUUGCACAACUGAACACUGGACAGGUAUUUGACAACCACAAGUUAUUAAACACAAGCCAUGGAGGUUGUAGUAAGCACAUCCCUGGAAUCAGUAUCCUCAAAGAAGUCAAUAAUUCUAAAACCAGAACAUCAGAGUGAUGUGAAGGUAGUCUUGGUGAAACACCAUCUUACAUCAUCUGGUGAAAAAGAAAAGGAACCCAAAGCAACCUAUUCUAAGGCAGAUGACCUGUCUAGGGCCUACAAGAGAAAGAGCUUCGAAACUGCAGGUACAAAGGAGAAAAAUGAGCAAUGUUUCCCUGUUAAGAGAAGGAAAUCAGUGCCACUCACAGGAUCAAUGAAACCCUCAGUUGCAUUGGCUCAGGAUUUGGUACAUCACAAUUCCAGUUUUGAAAUUGGAAGAAAUAUUUAUGACAUGCGACAAGGUGGUGGCAAGAAAAUUCCCCCAAAGGAAGACUAUCAAAGAGCAGUGGAGGUCUUACAUGUACCAUCAACAUGCAUAAAUGAAGGUUUGGAUUUUCCGAAGGAGAACCAAGAACAAGAUGAACUGGUUCAUGAUUUACAGGAUUGCAAUUUGCUACCAGAUUGGUUGGGUAACAGAAAUAGGGAAAGGUUGGUGGACUCAAGCACAGUUAAAAGUGAUGGGCAUAAAUCUUUGUUUUCUUUGUACGACCUGGAUUUACCAGUUGAAAACAAUGCAAAAUGCAAGUCUUUAUUUGAGACAUAUCACAUAAAUAGAGUGAGUAAGUCUAUUGUUGAUGAAGUAUGAAACUAUUCAGUCUAAAGUAAUAA